AUGGCUAUGUACAAUAGAGUAACGGGAAUAUUCACUUCUUUGGUGUUGAUUUUCUUGAAUGGUGGAAGUUUGUUUACAGUAGCAACAAGUAAGCGGAUGGAGAAAAGGAUUAAAGUCAUGUUGAUUGGUCAUGUUUUAACAGAUUUUGGAGUUGGCCUGACAAUGUUGUGUUAUGUUUUGUCUAUAGUCUAUCAACUAGAAACUAUGUGCCACUUCUCAUCGUAUUUUCUAUUCAUUUUGGGAGUGAUAACCAGUUUAAUGGCAAUUUUACAAACACUAGAUCGAUUCCUUGUUCUACGUAUUACUUACAAAUAUACUGAAUGGAUCACAGCCAAAAAGAUGACAAUAAUUGUAAUGUCUAUUUACACUGUAAGUAUAGCGGCCUUCUUCGGCAUGUUUGUAACCGGAUAUGAACCCGGGGCGUACUGCCACGCCUAUUUGUCCGGUGGUAAAAUUGGCUACAUAUUAUCCAGUGUGUUCUUUACAGUAUGUAUUAUAGCUAUUUGCGGCAUGUAUGUGUAUAUUGGUAAGGAGGUGCGACGUCUUCAGAAAGCAAUUCCUACAACAGACGGAAGUAGUAAUACCACCUUCUCCGCCGACAAUAUAAGAACAAUGGUUACAAUGGCUGUUACAGCUUUACUCUACACUCUCUGUUAUAUUCCUAUGGUGAUUUUCAUGUACAAUAUGGUUUUGUUUCAUUGGGAAAACCGAUUCCAAUAUAUCGCUGUAAAUUGGCUCUUUGACUAUCUUUCCGGAGUAUUUUACGUCGCUAACAGCAUCUUCAACCCUAUCGUCUACAUCUGGAGAUUGAAAAAACAAAGAAAUCACUGCCGAAGGUUAUUUGGAAGAUGUUGUUCAAAUUCUGUUGCUGUAGACCACGAGGAGAGAGACAUACCAAACAAUCAAAUUACGACAGGAAAUACGAAGUCGAGCCACAGCACCAAAAAGACCUCUAACGACACUGUGCAGGUUUUUACAGCUUAA